CUGUGAAUCUGUGCGCUAUUUCCGAGUGCUGCACACUGGAGUGACUUCAUUCCUCCAGCUACCGACUCGUGGAAAAACAUGUACUUUUAUAAUUUUCUUUUUUGUAUGGCUUUCUUUCUUUUCAGUCCAGUUUUCUCAGAUGAAGAUUAUGUACAAGUCACAGCAUGUUGUACAUUCAAGGGUGUGAGUUUUAAAGAUGUAGAGUAUAUCCUUACUGAUCAUUAUAACAAGAAAACAAUGAUGCGGUACAACAGCACAAGAGGCAACUGGACAGGAUACACACCUUAUGCAAUUCAGCUCGCAAAACAUCGUAACAGCGAUCCCUACGAUGCACUACAGAGAGUAUUUGAAAAGAAAACGCUGUGUAGAGACAACAUAGACUUACUUCAACAUUCAGAUAAUCUCACAGCUGCACCCACUGUUACGCUUAAUUCAGUGAAGCACCCGUCCAUGCUUGUGUGCAGUGCCUAUAACUUCUAUCCAAAACAAAUCCGAGUGACGUGGUUGAGGAACAGCCAGGAAGUGACCUCACAUGUCACUUUUUCUGAGGUGAUGUCUGAUGGGGAUUGGUACUACCAGAUUCAUUCCUAUCUGGAGCACACCCCGGCUUCAGGAGAGAAAAUUACCUGCAUGGUUGAACACUUGGCCCUCUCUAAACCACUGCUUCAGGUUUGGGACCCCUCUCUUCCUGCAUCAGAACGGGUUAAAAUUGUUGUGGGACUGUGUGGUCUGAUGCUCGGUUUGGUCAUUGCAAGCUCUGGAUUCAUCUACUACAAGAAAAAAUGUGCUGCACACUUUACUCUCUACCAAGGUAGAGAGUCGAUUCCAGUGGAACAUCUGCACGCAGCUGAAGUAACUUAGCAGUCUGAUAAAAAAAAGUCAGCAUUGUUGGCAAAAAUUAUAGUGGACACUUUCAGUUCUGUGUCUCAGGUUUUAGUGCAGUCAUUCUCAUUACUGUCACCUGAGAUGGUCGGAAAGCACACAUAUAUGUAUAAAUAACUGAAUAACAUGCAAUAAGUGUACAGGCUGGGAUGGUGGCUUUAUUUCAGCUGUCAGUGUGGUGGUGAUGCCUGCCAGUCAUUGAAGUCAGAAUGUAGCAGCAUUAAUGUAUGUCAGCUUUGUCAACUGUAUGAAAAUGAAAUGUAUUAAAAUAAAUGAAAUUUGUGUAUUUAACAUGUUCAGUUUGCCUGCUUUCCCCAGUG